GGCCGCGUGGGCUCGAUGUGUAUUGACAAGUUAGCUGGUUCCGUAGGAGCGGUAGGGUCGCCGCCAAAGAGAUAGUUGUCCUCCCUACUACUAGCUAUGUGUGACCGUGUGCCAGUGACUUUCUGGGUCUUUGUUGCCGGGUUUGUAAUAUGUGGACGAUAAUGUCUCCUCAGGGAACGAUUGUGAGGAUUAAAUGAGAUACGGGAGAAAGAGAGAGCGUGAAAGAGAGAGGAUGUCUCUCUCAGAUUGGCACCUGGCGGUGAAACUGGCUGACCAGCCACUUGCCCCAAAGUCUAUUCUUCGGUUGCCAGAGACAGAGCUGGGAGAAUACUCACUGGGGAGCUAUAGUAUUUCAUUUCUGAAGCAGCUCAUUGCUGGCAAACUCCAGGAGUCAGUUCCAGACCCUGAGCUGAUUGAUCUGAUCUACUGUGGCCGAAAGCUAAAAGAUGACCAGACCCUUGACUUCUAUGGUAUUCAACCUGGGUCCACAGUCCAUGUUCUGCGAAAGUCUUGGCCAGAGCCUGAUCAGAAACCAGAACCUGUGGACAAAGUGGCUGCCCUGCGGGAGUUCCGGGUGCUACACACCGCCUUGCACAGCAGCUCCUCCUACAGGGAGGCGGUCUUUAAGAUGCUCAGCAAUAAGGAAUCUUUGGAUCAGAUCAUUGUGGCUACCCCAGGCCUCAGCAGUGAUCCCAUUGCUCUUGGGGUUCUCCAGGACAAGGACCUUUUCUCUGUCUUUGCUGAUCCCAACAUGCUUGAUACGUUGAUACCUGCUCACCCAGCCCUAGUCAAUGCCAUUGUCCUGGUUCUGCACUCAGUGGCAGGCAGCACGCCACUACCGGGGGCGGACUCCUCUUCCCGGAGCACGCCCUCCAGCUCUUACCGGGACAUGCCAGGUGGCUUCCUGUUUGAAGGGCUCUCUGAUGAUGAGGAUGACUUUCACCCAAGGGCCAGGUCCACACCCUCUAGCAGCACACCCAGCUCCCGCCCAGCCUCCCUGGGGUACAGUGGAGCUGCUGGACCCCGGCCCAUCACCCAGAGUGAGCUGGCCACUGCCCUGGCCCUGGCCAGUACUCCAGAAAGCAGCUCUCACACGCCAACUCCUGGCACCCAGGGCCAUUCCUCAGGGACCUCGCCAAUGUCCAGUGUCCAGUCAGGGACGCCCAUCACCAAUGAUCUCUUCAGCCAAGCCCUACAGCAUGCCCUGCAGGCCUCUGGGCAGCCCAGCCUUCAGAGCCAGUGGCAGCCCCAGCUGCAGCAGCUGCGUGACAUGGGAAUUCAGGACGAUGAGCUGAGCCUGCGGGCCCUGCAGGCCACUGGGGGGGACAUCCAAGCAGCUCUGGAGCUCAUCUUUGCCGGAGGAGCCCCAUGAACUCCCUGCUCUUCCUGAACCCCCAACAAACUGCCAAGGUGGCUGCCUGUGGGAGGCACUCCUGGAGGUGCCCCAUCUCUCCUCUCCUCAAUACACCUGAUGGUUGACCUUC